AUGGCGCUGGUGGGAACGAUGCCACGAGAGGUCGUUGUGAUUGUUGACCCCGUCUCCACUGGACGGCCCCUCGUGAAAAUUGCCUGUUCUCGUGGUUUCCUGGUGGUAGUCUUGUGGAGUAAGAAGUUGGUGGAGCACACCUCAGGCACUCUGAGCUCAGAUAGCUCACAGGUUAAACAAAUUGAUGCCUAUGAGGCGUACUUAGUGGUGCAGGAGCAAGCCUCCACCCCUGCAACUGUGAAGGCCAUUGAAGGAGCACUUUGUCCACUUGGUGCGUUCGAAAUCACAGCUUGCAUCCCCGGCAGCGAGCGAGGCGUGAACUUGGCAGAUCUUGUUUCUUUUGAGCUCAGCCUUUGCUCGUCGGGCUCUGGGAACAAGCCUUUCCAUGGAGGAGACCGUCAGAACAAGCAUGUGCAGCGGAAUGCGCUGGAGAUGGCUGGGUGCCGCGCAGUUCGGGAGAUUUGUGGGUACUCGUGGGAUGUUGUCCACGGUCACCUGAAAGAUUUAGGACUCCCAAUGGUGGUGAAGCCAGUGCAGUCCGCAGGCACGGAUGGAGUAAAGCUUUGCCAUACCGUUCAAGCUGCAAAAGAGCACUUUCAUCAUUUGCAGGUCACCAAGAGAAAAGUGGUGGCUUGUGACAACGCGAUUUUGUUGCAAUAG